AUGCUUUUGUUUCUCUCUGCAUUUUUAGUAAUUCCUAUAAUUCAGUCGGUUUUUGUCCUAAUUCCCGGAAGACCAACGGCUUUUAUUGCAUCAACAAUUCUAGACGGAACAUUUGAUAAUUACACUAAUUGUACCGAAACAUGCUUAGGAAUUGAUGAUUGCUCGGUAGGAAUUGUGAUUAAAUAAGUUGUGUUUCAUCAUGGGAAAUCUAGUUUUCCAAAACAAUUAUCCGAGUGAAUUUUGCAGGCAAUUUACUAUAACUCGACAAACCUAACAUGCAUAAGGUAUGAUUACGGAAACCUAUUUUCAGUUUCGAAAAUUUACGAUUAUCCAGUUACUGAGUUUUUUGCAUUCAAGGUUAGUAAUCUCUAAGAUAUCCCACAAAUAUUAAGAAUAUUUUCAGACAAACACCACAACUUGCUCAAUUUCUCCUGAAACAGUCUACUAUUCAAGAAAUGUUAGUUACACAGAUGUGGGAACAAAUUGGGAAGUCGAAGGAAUUUGUCCAACAAAUUGGCUAUUCGCACAGCGGGAAAAAUACGCUUGGUGUAUUCGAUUAUUCUAUGAGGAUAAUCUAACUCUAGAUGAAAUUAACAAAUUCUGCGCAGACAAAAAGAAUGGUGCGACAAUUUCCGGAAUUGGUAGUCAAAGGGAAUUGAGUUAUGUUGUUCAGCAAGCUCUAGAUCAUCUCAGCGGACUCACAAAUAUAUAUAUAACUAUUGAUGGGAAGUUGAAUGAUAGUUGCACAAUUUUGAACUAUGGGACUUGUAAAUUUUCUACGGAUUACACACUCUACGACAAAUAUAUAGUGGACUCGUCGUUUUACCGUUGGAAAGGUGAUAAUUCAAAAUCUAACAUGAAAAUUAAUGGAUCUCUGAAUCGAUGUAUUCGAUUGGAUGCGAACCUAGGAUCUGUCGAUCAUUUCCCGUGUGAUACAGGAUAUAAGUUGUAUCCCUGUGGAAAACUGGCGAGAUAUUUGUAA